UGAGGAGAGAGAGCAAGCAAGAGCAGUUGUAGAAACUUCUAAUCAUCAUCAUCAAAGAAAAUAUAGGCACAAUUAAGCAAGUUUUCAGCAAAUUUCAGGCAGAAUCUAUAAGAUGAUGUACCAUCAUCAACACCACCAUCAAAACCAACAUCAACACCAACACCAACACCAACACCAAGGAAAGAACAUCCACUCUUCUUCUUCUGCUUCUUCGAGGAUGUCUAUUCCUCCGGAAAGGCAUUUGUAUCUACAAGGUGAUCAAAAUGGUCCUGGAGAUUCAGGACUUGUCCUCUCAACUGAUGCCAAGCCAAGACUCAAAUGGACGCCCGAUCUCCACGAACGAUUUAUCGAAGCAGUUAACCAGCUAGGAGGAGCAGACAAGGCUACUCCUAAAACAGUAAUGAAACUUAUGGGGAUUCCAGGCCUUACAUUAUACCACCUCAAGAGUCAUCUUCAGAAGUACAGGCUUAGCAAGAAUCUGCAUGGACAUGCUACAAGUGGGACCAGCAAAAUUGGUACAGUUCCAGUGGCAGCAGAGAGAUUAUCUGAAGCAAAUGGAACCCACAUGAGCAAUAUGAGUGCUGGACCACAAGCAAAUAAAGGGUUACAUAUAAGUGAAACACUACAAAUGCAAAUUGAAGUGCAGAGAAGGCUACAUGAACAGCUUGAGGUUCAGCGACACUUACAACUUCGUAUAGAGGCUCAAGGAAAAUACCUACAAUCAGUGCUGGAGAAAGCCCAGGAGACACUAGGAAGACAGAACUUAGGUACAGUGGGACUCGAAGCUGCCAAAGUUCAACUCUCUGAACUGGUGUCCAAAGUAUCCACCCAAUGCUUGAACUCUGCCUUUACGGAGCUGAAAGAAUUACAGGGAUUGUGCCCCCAGCAAACACAAACAACCCAGCCCACCGAUUGUUCAAUGGAAAGCUGCCUGACGUCCUGCGAAGGAUCUAAAAAGGACCAAGAGAUACACAACAGUGCAAUGGGGCUAAGAGCUAAUUAUAAUGGCAGAGAGCUCCUGGAUGAAAAAGAACCCAUGCUACAGAAGACUGAGCUUAAGUGGUGUGAAGAACUAAAAGAGAAUAACAUGCUUCUUUCCUCCAUAAGUAAUGAUGCAGCAAAAAGAAUGUUUCCGGUGGAAAGAAGGUCAAGUGACUUAUCCAUGAGCAUUGGAUGUCAAGGAGAAAGAUGGAACAUUAACGGAAACUCUGAAGAAAGAUUGAAAGGAAGAAGCACAGAUGUCAGCUUUCUAGACCGUGCAAACAACCGGGCGGAUUCAGCUAAAGCAGAGACUGAGAAAGUUUCUCGAGGAUGUAGAUCAGUCCCUUACUUUGCAGCAAAACUAGACCUAAAUACUCAUGAUGAUAACGAUGCUCCUUCAAGUUGCAAACAGUUUGACUUGAAUGGUUUUAGCUGGAGCUAAGAGGGCUUACAGUGAGUAAAGGGAUAAAAACACUGCAAUUUCAAGCUUCAUUCCCAAAGGAUAGAAAGCAUGACAGCAUGCUGCUCUCUCCUUCUGAGAGUUGGCCAAUGGCCAAGGAACAAAUUGUUCAAGCUGAAAGGAAUAAGUUGCAGGACAAAGAUAGAAUGCUCUAAUUUGGAAUUACAUAGCAAGUAGCUCAGGAAGAUGUAAUAUCUUAUAUAUGAUUUAAGAAUUCCAAGAUUACAAGCAGAAUGUCUUCUUGAUCUCAAGUGCAGUAAGCUCUUAUGUUCAACCACCAACUGACUGUAUCAAGAUGAGUUAUGCAAAUUCAACUAAAACCUUCGACAUCAACACACAGUUUCUAGUUUUGUAAUUCAUUAUUCAUAAG